AUGGAGGUGGAAGAAGGUUUGAGAGGCAAAGGACAAAAUGGGGGGGAAUGGGGUUUGAGAGUAACUGGGGGGGAGAGUGAGGAGGAGGAGGCAGAUGGAGUUGUGGGGAGAAGAAAGACCCAGGAAGAGAUAGAGGUGGAACCGGAGCGGAAUGGGGAGAAGGACGAGGAGAGGGGAGAGGAGAGGGAAGGAGAGGGGAGUGAGGCAGCAGAGGGGGAAGGAGAGGAAGCAGUAGGGGAGACAGGAAAGGAAGCAGCAGCAGAAGAAGCAGCUGAGGAAGCUGCAGGAGAAGAAGCUGCAGAAGAAGCAGGAGAAGCAGCAGGAGAAACGGCAGGAGAAACGGCAGGAGAAACAACAGAGGAAACGAUAGGGACGCUAGACCUGGGGGGAUCCAGCCUGGAGGUCACGUUUGUGCCACGUGUCACGCCCUCAUUGGGCACCUCAUCAACCCCGUCACGAUACCUAGCCAACGUGUCACUAGGCGGGCAGCAUUUUAGCCUGUAUGCACAUUCCCAUGAGGGUUAUGGGAUGAAUGACGCUUUUGACCACUCUGUUGCUUAUCUGUUGCAUGAGGGAAAGGGGGAGGUCGAAGGUGGGAGAAAAGUGGGGGGUGGAGGAGGUGGGGAGGAGGUUCGGGAGGAGGUUCGGGAGGAGGUUCGGGAGGAGGAUGGGGAGCAUGACGGUGGGGGGGAUGAGGGGGUGCAGAGCGGUGCAGAAGAGCUUGGGGGUGGGGGAGAGAAAAUAUCAGAGAGGUUGUUGGCUGGAAGUGGGACGGGGUCGGCCAAUGCGGCUGUGACACGUGUCGCUCAUCCGUGCCUCCAUGCGGGAUACAAAACGCUCCACACUGUGAGGAGAAAGUGGGCUGCUACUGACGUGGACGGGGCAGCAGUGGAUGGGGCGGCAGGGGAAUCCACCAAUCAGACCACUCCAGUCAGUCAAAAGAAUCCUGAGGUGGAGGUUUUCGGGCAGCCUAAUUGGGCGGAUUGUAUGGCCCUUACUCGCUAUGUGGUGGCCUCUGGUGUGAAGAACACAGCAGCAGCAGACACUGCUUCAGGCAGCAAGGGAAGACCAACAGCAGCGGUCAGUGUGGCAUGUGGGAUGGGAGGGGAAGGGGCGGACCCCCCUCCCUGUGCCCUGGGGGUGCACCAGCCGCCAUUCAAGGGGCGCUUCUCCGCUCUUGCGGGAUUCUACGUUGUGUCGCUCUUCUUUGGGGUUUUCCAAGAGCCGCUGCCCCUGCAGCAGCAGCAGCAGCAGCAGGAGCGACAGGAACAGGAACAGGAUUUUGAGAUUCAAAAGACAUCCGCUAAACUGGGGUUGGGGCAGACGUUACGGGGCUCUAUGGGCAGGCAAAGAGGUGCCGCCGGGCAGGCCGGGCAGCUGGAUUUUUUCACCGACGGGCAGGCGGCCGCGCCCAUCCCCCGCGGCAACACUUCAGCUGCCCUGAACGCAAUUUUGACCCGCGGGCAGGCGUACUGCUUCCGACCAUGGCCCGAAGUCCAGGCAAAAUGGGGCGGCAUAAAAGGUUUCGAGCAAAAUUGUUUUCGGGCAGCUUAUGUGGUGGUGCUGCUGAGGGAAGGGCUGGGGAUAAAGGACGAGCAGGUGGAUCUGGGGGAGGGUGUAUCUGGGCAGGUGUCUUGGACUCUCGGUGCUGCUCUCAGCUAUCCAGGGCUCUUUUUCCUCCUCCUCUCUCUCUCCAAAGGCGACCAGCCCCGUGGUCUUCCCCCUCCAAGCAUCGCUCUGGUGAGGUGCUUGGUUCCUCCCCUUUCCUCGGGCCCCCCGCUUCCUCCUCUUCCUCUUCUCCCCCUUCUUCCGUCCCUCGCGUUCCUCUCAACCUUCCUCACUCCUUCCUUCUUCCCUUAG